AUGUUCUCAACCUCUGUACGCCGGGCUGCAUGGGCACCUCUUACUGGUGUAUCCUGCUCUGCCCAGACUGUUCCGUCUAGCGGUCUUCUCGGCGCAACCCGCUUGCAACGCCGAUACUCCUCAUCUUCCUCCAAACCACCAUUUCCUCCAAGUGAUGGGUCGCAGCGGCUGGAUACCUCUACUCCCGCAAAGAGUGUGAACUCCUCCGGCGAAAAGACAAAGGCUGCUCGCCGCCGAGGCAAGGACGCCGGUGCCCGCAACGGAUCUUCCAAGUCUAGCCAGCAGCAUGCGGUAUUCUCGAAACUCCCCAGUGUCCCCUCGACACAGCACCGACAACCACAUGAUGUCCAUGUCGCCUCGUUCUUCUCCAUUCACCGCCCGAUCUCCGUGACCACCACGGUCCCCCCAACCUCGAGCUCCGAGGCCUUCGAAUCGAUCUUCUCCAAGAGGCUCUUAAAGAACGAACCCGACGAUGUCAUCUUCACCCUCUCGAACACUGUUCAGUCCAUGGAGGGUUCCAACGGUAUGUCGGAAGCUGAGGACCCGUUCGGCCAGAUGCACGGUCGCUUCACCAGCGAUGCGAACGGCGAGCUCCAAAUGCUUGAUAAUCCCGAGGCACACAUGUCCAUCGAAGAACUCACUCGUCGUCUUCGCCCCUUCCACCCUCCCCCACCCCCGGUCCCCAUGAACAUGAACGCCGAGGCCGAGGCUAUGGAGUCCCAGACCCAGAGCGAACAGGAUACCACCUACUCCACCGUUCUCACCAUCCGGGAAUCCCGCCACGCCGAUGGUCGCAAGACCUACGAGGCGUCGACCGGUCCUUUUGUCCGUGACGAGAUGGAGGCCCCCGCUGGCAUGCACGAGAUUACCAUCGAUGCUCCCAGCUCUACCACUGGCAUGAGCUACGUCGAGCGUCUGCGCCACAACUCGUCCAUGCAUGCUAUUAGCACCAAGAGACGGCGCAAGGUGAAGAUGAAGAAGCACAAGUUCAAGAAGCUGAUGCGGAGAACACGCACUCUCCGUCGGAAGCUCGACAAAGCUUAG